UUAUUUUCUCAUUUAAAAAAAAACUUAAAACCCUACAAAAUAUUUAUGUUCAUUUCCUUCGGAAAAAUCAACCACGUUUUUCCAAUUCUCCGAGAUCUUCACGAAUUCUAAGCUCAGAGAUCUGAAGAUCAUCGAUUUGAAUUUUGAUUCAGUUGAUAAAAGUAGAAAAAAAUGGUGAAGUUAACGAUGAUUGCUCGAGUAAUGGAUGGUCUACCAUUAGCAGAAGGAUUAGAUGAUGGGCGUGAUGUGCAAGAUGCUGAAUAUUACAAGCAGCAAAUCAAAGCUUUGUUCAAAAAUCUUUCGAAAGGUCAAAAUGAUCCUUCUAGAAUGUCUGUUGAGAGUGGACCUUACAUAUUUCACUAUAUCAUUGAGGGCCCUGUUUGUUAUUUGACAAUGUGUGAUCGGGCUUACCCAAAGAAGCUUGCAUUUCAGUACCUGGAAGAUCUCAAGAAUGAAUUUGAGCGUGUUAAUGGGAAUCAGAUAGAAACUGCUGCUAGACCUUAUGCGUUCAUUAAGUUUGAUACAUUUAUACAGAGAACAAAGAAGUUGUACCAGGAUACCCGUACCCAGAGGAACAUUUCCAAACUGAAUGACGAACUCUAUGAAGUGCACCAAAUCAUGACCCGAAAUGUGCAAGAAGUCCUUGGUGUUGGAGAAAAAUUGGACCAGGUCAGCGAAAUGUCAAGUCGCUUAACAUCUGAAUCACGGAUUUAUGCUGAUAAGGCAAAAGACCUAAAUCGACAGGCUCUGAUCCGGAAAUGGGCGCCUGUAGCAAUUGUAAUCGGAGUUGUGGUGCUACUCUUCUGGGUCAAAAAGAAGAUCUGGUGAUGCACUGGCCUUAUUUGGUUCCCUGGAAAACUCUUUAGACAUAUCUGUUGAUUACGAUGUUUACACUUCAAACAUAUGGGCAACCAGUCAACCACACUACAAGGGAUUAGGCUUCUUAUUCGAAUGUCUGGAACUAGAUAGACAUGAAAUGUUUUUUCAGUGAUAUGGAAAAGCUAUAUAUAUGCAUGACUGUUGUAUAUCAUAUAAACUCCAUUUUGAUGUCAAAAUUCGAGAUAGUGAAACUUGAAAGCCCAAAAUCCAUAGUAAAUGGGCUUUCUGCGAAUUCGAGUAAUUUUGUUUGUUGAAUAGAUUCGAACAUCAAAAAACUGUUUCUCGUGGUAGUUUUAUUCUCACUUGUCACUACCUGAAU